AUGGAAGAUCUUUCUGAGGUGCAUCUUACAGAAUACAUUCCAACAAUUUACACCUCACCCCGAACUAUCUACUACACGCAAAAUGGUAAACAAAGAAAAUGGCACAUUAUGGCAGAACGCAAUGGUGUCGUGAUAGUGUUAUACAAUAGUACGAGGGAUGUUCUAAUAUUAGUCAAGCAAUUCAGAGCUUCAGCGUACAUCCAUCAAAUACCCGAAGAAGAACGAACGAAGAAACCUAUCGAUGUGAAGAAGUAUCCUCCAAAUUUGGGAAUCACUUACGAAUUCUGUGCCGGGCUUGAAGAUAAGAACAUAUCGACUGCUGAAACCGCCAGAGAAGAAAUUUUGGAGGAGUGUGGAUAUGAAGUUACACUGGACCAGCUAGAAAAGAUCGCAACUAUAAAGAAUUUGUCAGAAACUACUGGAGCUCGCAGCACUUUCUACUACUGCGAGGUGACCGAUGAGAUGAGGCUGAAUCACGGUGGUGGAAAUGAAGAAGAGGGGGAGAACAUAGAAGUUGUUGAGAUGCCCGUUGAAGAGGUCCUACGAUUUACCACGAAUAGAGAAUAUGUUCCAUGUCCUAUUAAUUUCAUGUUUGGGUUGUACUGGUUUUUGAAUAAUAAAUAUCAUACAAAGUAUGCCUCAUGCUAUUCAUUGUUUUUAGUAUAA